AUGCCCCCUCGUCGUUCGACAGCUUCCGUUAUCGAUACCAAGAGAGAACGUUCAUCUUCGUCUUCCCUAUCCGACGCUCCCCCUACCAUCACUAAAACCACAUCAAAGGCAAAAGCCAAGUCGAAGAGCAAUGGUACUAAAACAGCCGUCAAGUCGAAAACGACCGAUGCAGAUGACGCUAUAGCAGGAGAUGACGUAGAAGCGAAAACAGAGACAGAAGCUGAACCGCCUAAAAAGAAAGCUAGAGUUGCUAAAGCGAAAAUAUGGCCACCGCCAGAAUUAGCACCUGAAAGCCAUCCUGCAAGACACGGAUAUCCAAUCUUCACUCUACCUUCAACUUCUAAAGCUUCCAACGGCGCUCUGCCUCCUUCGACAACAGAAGCGAGGCCUAUGUUACUGGGAGCUCAUGUUUCGAUCGCUGGUGGACCAGCUGGAGCUUUAUUGAGAGCAGGCAAAGCUGGUGCAAAUGGUUUAGCUAUGUUCACCAAAAGUCAAAGACAAUGGAAGAGUAAUCCUUUUGAACCUGAAGCCAUUGAACGGUUCAGAAAUUUGAUGAAAAGCAAAGAAGAAGGAGGUUUGGGAUAUCCUCCUGAAAGCAUCUUGGUACAUGGAAGCUAUUUGAUAAAUCUUGGGAAUCCAGACGAAUCAAAAUGGAACACAUCGUACGAAUGUUUCAAAGAUGAUAUAUAUCGGUGCCAUCAAUUGGGAAUCAAACUGUAUAAUUGGCACCCUGGAUCAACCGUCGGAGCUUGCACGAAGCAGGAAAGUUUCGCUUCAAUAGCAAAAGCCAUCAAUCGAGUACAUAAGGAAGUACCAGAGGUAGUCACUGUUAUCGAGAAUAUGGCCAACGCAGGUUCCAAUAUCGUCGGUACAGCAUUCCCUGAACUAGCAGCAAUCAUUGGACUAGUCGAAGAUAAGACAAGAGUACGAGUAUGCUUAGAUACGUGUCAUCUCUUCGCAGCUGGGUAUGAUCUAAGAACGCCAGAGGCUUAUGCUGAAACUAUGAGAAAGUUUGAUGAGGAAGUUGGCAAUGGUUAUCUGGGGGGAAUACAUUUGAACGAUUCAAAAGCGGACUUAGCUGGAAACAAAGAUUUACACGAGAAUAUCGGGCUUGGCAAGAUUGGUUUGACAGGAUUCAGAUGCUUGAUGCGUGAUCCUUUGAUGUCUGGAAUACCCCUCGUUCUAGAAACUCCUGCACCUGAGAAAGCAUUAGAAGUAGGCGAUUUAGCAAUUUGGAUGAAGGAGAUCAAAUUGUUGUACGAAAUUCAAGCAAUGGACGAUAAGGACUGGAUCUUGAAGAAGGUUGAAAUCGAGGACAGAUGGAGAAAGGAAAGAGACAGUAUCAACCCACCUAAAGAAAAAGCGCCGAAAGGGAAAGCUGCUUCCAAAAACAAGAAGAAAGGGAAGAAAGAAGAAAGUGAAGAUGAUGAUGAUGAAUAA